GAAGGGAUGCAAAAAAAUGAACUGGUUUCCCGGUGGGGAUAUAUAAACCCAACCGGCGGCGCUACUGCAUCACAUUCCUCGCGAGAAGGAAACGCGUUUCACCACCUCUUCUUUGAGUCACAAAAUGAAGAUCCUCGUCGUCUCCCUGGUGCUUGUGGCAGCUGUCGCGGCCUUCCCCCAAAACGGGAGAUUCGUCGUCACCUACGACAACUCUCUGGAACGCGGUGUGCCGGAUAUGUCUCUGGAGUGGAUACCGUCAGGUGCUGCCGAAGGGAUCGCCAGCACCAGGUCUCAGAAGGUUGAAGACCUGAGGCGCAUCCUCAACUCUGGCCUGAUGGACCGUUCGGACGAGUUCGUCCUCAGGACGAUCCUGAACAACCCAGAGAAGUACAGCCACCUGCAGUACUACGUCAAUCACUCGGGCGAAGUGAAGUUCAUCCACUCUGCCUCUCCGGUCAACAACUUCGGUCAAGCAGAUGCCGUCGGUGGUGUACAGGCAGUGAAGAAGUAAAGGAAUCGAUCGAAAAGCUUUUUAGUCUCUGCUAUUUCUCCCUUCAAAAGUUUCGCUCAAGUAAUGCUGCUUUGGCGGUUAUGAUGAUUACUACUCAUAUUAAAUUUAGCCCUCUCACUCAAACCUUUUUUUGCGGUCAGUGUUAUACGUAAACUCAGCUUCAAGGUCCAAAGAAAAGGACCUUGGUCGGCUUGUUAUUCUUGAGCUUCCGUGCACCCCCCCCCCCCCCCCUCCCCCCCCCCCCCCCCCCCCCCCCCCCCCCCCCCAUAUUCCAUCCCCAAACGCAGAGAAUUUGUGUUCCUAGCCAUUUGCUGUUACAUUUGAAACGGCGACUUUACGGGCCCCCAUUAAAUCAAAUUUACUUAUAGAUUAUUAUUAUUUUUUUGCGUUCUUGGAAUGUCAGUUCACUUGUAUUACUGAAUCUCAUGUUCUAGAGAGAAUGUAAUUAGAUUGCCAGCUAUGUUAUUGUAGACUCGCCACAGUAAACACCAUACUUAUAUAA